GAGGUGGAAACUGAUCCACACCGGCUAUUCGAGUUCAUUCGAGGAGGAAAGGGUUAAUUCAAUGACAGACCCCUCCCAUUAUUGACCGACAACAUAUUAAUACCCCCAGCAGACUUUGAAAGAAGCCGGUACUUGUCGGGCAGGAGAGGCUGUGGUGCUGUCUGAGACGUUCGUGGUGCUGAAAGUGCCGCUCCGUCGCGAUGUGGUCCGUGCUUUUCGUCUUUCUGUCUUAUCUAGACAGAAACUUUGUCAAAGGCGAAUUCUUAGAUGCAGAAAAAGAGAGCAAAGAGCUGUUUUACAUGCUCAACAACACUCUCUGCGCAAAAAGUUCAGUUGCAGGAGAGUAUCAUCUCCAUCAGGUCACCGAUGGCAUUGAAGAGGUCCGCUCGGUGCACGACUCCGAGGGCGGAUUGGUCGACUGCUCUGUGAUUCAAAACGAAAUGCAAGUCAAAUCCUUCAUGCAUGUUUGUAGACUUGGUUUAAGAGAGCAGAAAUUUAACUCUGAUUUAAAGAUGACUUUGACUGGGGUGUCCGAAGCUAAGUCGAACUGCAAGAAGAUGAAAUCAAAAGGCGACAGAAACGUGCUAGUGACAAUAAAACAACUAAAAGAGUCAAACUCGGAUGCUGAAAACAAUAAGAAGACUCUCCGCAGAUCCAAACGAGGCUUCACGUAUCCUGGGACACUUUGGUGCGGUGCAGGGAACAUAGCUAAUCAUUAUGAUCAAUUAGGCGAAUUUGCAGAGACCGACAAAUGCUGCCGAGUUCAUGACCACUGCCCAUACGUCAUCCAUGCAUUCUCCUCCAACUAUGGAUACACCAACUUUAAAUGGCACUCCAUCAGUCACUGCGACUGCGACAAUGCGUUAAAAGAAUGCCUGAGACUUGUAAAUGACACCUCAUCCCGAGUGGUUGGACAAGCCUUCUUUAAUGUGAUUGAAGCGCCUUGCUUUGAGUUCUCUUUUGAAGAGCAGUGUGUUGAGCGUCACUGGUAUGGGGUGUGCAAGAGGUAUGACAGAGUACCUAUUGCAGUGGUUAAAGAAUCAAUCCCCUAUGACUUUGGGGGCAUUGAUGUCAUUGAUGUAUUGACAAUAGCGCCUCCUAACGAGAAACAGUCAGACGAAGAAAAGCAGGACAAGACUCAGAAUACAGAGAGCACAACGCAGACAACAUUCUCUGAAUCUAAGUCCAAUACCGCUGAGGAGCCCUCGCUUACAAACGUGGUCACAGCUGCAGAGGACUUCCUCAAAGUGCUCGCCACUGUCUCCACUUCACAAAGCUCAUCCACAGAUACCAGUAAAGGAGAGACACAGGCGUCAGAGAAGAAGAGGAAGAAAAAUUCUGGCAAAAGGAAAAAAGAAAACAAGAAGAGACGCGGAAAGGGUAAAGGAAGAACGAGAAAUCAAAAACUUGACGUAGUGUUAAAGGUUGACGAAGGACCAGCACCAUCGCCCAGCCAAUCAGAGGAGGUCAUGGCUAAGAACAGUUUUGUAGAUAACCCUACGAAGAUCAAUCGGUUUAGCACAAACAAAGACAAUUUCAUGAACAGCGAGUUAGACGCUGUGGGUAACGGGCCACUUUCAAAUAAGAUGAUGCGAGAUGAACCUCAGAGGGCAAUGAAUGGCAAUCAGGAGGUUGUAGCCACCACAUUAAGUACAGAAAAAGAGCUAGAGAUUUUAGAGAACAGACAAGCAAACAAUACAGAGUUAGCAACUUUCUCACCUACAACUCACAUUGCCCCAACUAUACGUGAUAGAAGCCCUAAUCUAAGACAAAGAGCUGGAAAGAGAAAGCAGAGAAAAAACAUUCCCUCCACAGAUGUCAACCAACCUUCUCUGAAUGGAGAGACUCUCUCAGCCAGUCCAACAGAAGGCGUUAGCCUUGCAACGUCAACAAAAGUGAGUCCCAUUAAAGCAGUAAAAAAGGAGGUGCCAAACAGUGCAGAGCACAAGGAUGAAAAGGGACCCGUGGUCACCACUACCGCUAUACAAAAUACACCCAUUGUUAGAACCAAAAGACCAAGUUCGAGGCAGAGAGUAGGAAGAAAGAGAAAGAGGAAAAUCAUUAGUUCCUCUACAGAUGAUCCCCUAUUGGUUACUGGAUCUGAGACAAGGGGGGUAACAGUUGGGGCGACCAACGAACUAGAGAGAUUGGGGCUGGACCGUCUUGAAAACCCAAUGGAAAGCUUUGCAACAGCAAGAUCAAGUACUCUAACUCCAAGGAAAAACAAACAAAGUUUCAAAGACACUAAGGGAAGAAGGAAAUCUAAAGUAGGAUACUCCAACCCUUCCAAAGACAGGCGUGUAAUCCGAAUCUGCUAUGAAACUGUUUUGACUGACGCUACCGACACAACACCUCACCCUACUCUGAUCGAGGAAGACACAGUGCUUCAGUCGACAGAUACCGAGAUAAAAACGGCAACAACGUUUCCUCUUGUACAGACUAACACUCCAUCCAUAAUGACACGCAGGCCUAGAACCACAAAGAGAGCCAGGGAGCGAGGAAGCAAGGAAAAGAGAGGAAAACUUAAACGAGAGUGAUAUUCACAGGCCUGAUCUCAUGAAAAUGUAAUGACUGUGGUGACAUUUUUGUUAAAUUAUAUCACAUGGUUCCUUACUCGUAUCACAGCAGUUUUGAGAUAAAAUGUCCACUGUAUGGCGCUAAUAGGGAGUUCAAGUUUCUUCUGAACAUAUGAGGUUUUUAAGGUUAGUUUUAUAUUGAGAUAUAAGUCAACAAAACCUACCACCCUACCCUAAACCUUAUACUUAAACCAAACUCAUAGUGUCGUUAAAAGCAAAUGUAACAUGAAAUACGCAACUGCCAAAGCAACCACAUCAUUUUGUAGUUCUUCUAUGAAUUGCGUGCCCUUCAGGAUUCGUUCCUCGGUUUUUUGUAUCAGUUGAUCUACCUCGCUAUUUGAUCUUGUUAAUAUAGUCACUCAUGUAAUGCAAACAUUGAAAUGUAUGGCCUUACAAGUCAUGUGGAACAGGUUGAAAAGUAAGUGUUUAUGAACUGAUAAUCUGCCGUUUUACUCAUGAUGCGCGUGAGCAUGCAUAAAAGUCAUUGUUUUUGUAGCGCUACUAGUGUUCAUUUGUCUAUGAAACUGCCGCAAUACGCACAACGAGCCACGCAAAAAUAAUUUUGAAAAAAUGUAGGUAUAGUAACGUGAUUCUAUGACACCAGGUUGGAUAUUCAAUAGGCUUCACAGGCCGAAACCUAAUGGUCUGUAUUUAUUUAGGUUGCCACAUGAUGUGUAGCAAAGUUGUUUUAAUAAGCAGUAUGUUUAACCUACUCUGUUUUUAUAGAUCCUGUGAUGAUAGAUUGACAGUCGGAUUAAUGUUAUGAAGCAUGUGUUUCUCAACAUGAUUGCUGAAUAAAGAAAACACAA